CACCGCUACUGGACGUGUUGUUUGUUGCACAUUGAAUAUGUUGAUAUUUUUUGUUUUUAGAGCUUUUCAUUGAUUCUGUUUUGGUUAGGUCAAAAGAAAAUAUAUAUCGCAAACAUGCCAAGCUAAACGUACGGAAGAAUAUGUAAUAGGUAAAUAGUUAUAAGGAUAUUAUCAGCCAUACAAAACUAAGGCUAGAGCUAACACCUAGCUUCAAGUGCAGCAGAGAAACAAAGUUUGUUGUUAGUCCAUGUCUCUGCCAAACAUGACCACUCGAAUUGAGUGCAUAUUUUUCAGCGAGUUUCACCCGACGCUGGGUCCAAAAAUCACAUAUCAGGUUCCAGAGGAAUACAUUUCACGGGAACUCUUUGACACAGUUCAGGUUUAUAUCAUCACCAAACCAGAGCUGCAAAACAAACUAAUAACCGUCACUGCUAUGGGGAAAAAGCUGAUUGGCUGUCCAGUGUGUAUUGAACAUAAGAAGUACAGCAGAAACGCCCUCCUGUUCAACCUUGGCUUCGUCUGUGAUGCCCAAACCAACACGUGUGCCCUGGAACCAAUCGUUAAAAAGCUGUCAGGAUACCUGACCACACUGGAGUUAGAGAGUGGCUUCAUUUUUAAUGAGGAGAGCAAGCAGAAACUUUUACCCAUCAUGUCGACCUUGAUGGAGGAUCUUAACGCCACCGGAGCCUGUACUUUACCUAUUGACGAGUCAAAUACUUUCCACCUGAAGUUAAUUGAGAUUCGAAAAGACCCGCCCGUCGUUCAGGAGUACGAUGUUCCCGUGUUUAUACAGUGUAAAGAGCAUUUUAUUAAACCUCAGUGGGAUCUCACCACUCAGCAGAUCCUGCCCCUCAUCGAUGGAUUCAGACACAUCCAGAAAAUCGCAGCUGAAGCAGAUGUUGAGCUGAAUCUUGUUCGCAUUGCAGUGCAGAAUCUCAUAUACUACGGCGUUGUGACCUUGGUGUCAAUAUUUCAGUACUCUAACGUGUACUGCACCACUCCUAAAGUCCAGAGCCUGGUGGACGACAAGUGUCUCCAGGCAGAGUGUUUGAGCUACGUCACCAAACAGGGUCAGAAGCAGGCCAGUCUGAGAGACGUGUUCCAGCUCUACUGUGGUCUGAGUCCUGGAACCACGGUACGGGACCUUUGUUCUCGCUACGCGCAGCAGCUUCAAAGGGUCGAUGAGAGGAGGCUGAUCCAGUUCGGACUCAUGAAGUCUCUCAUUCGACGGCUGCAGAAGUUUCCGGUGAAGGUGGUCCGUGAUGAAAGGAGCCGUCCCCCGCGGCUCUUCACUGGUCUUCACAGCUAUGAUGAAAUCUGCUGCAAAACAGGCAUCAGUUACCAGGAGCUGGACGAACGGUUGGAAAAUGACCCAACGAUUGUGGUGUGCUGGAAAUGACGUGAUGUCACAGCCAGAGACGCCUUCAGUCAGGAGACGUCGAGGUUGAGGAGUGAAAUAGAAAAAAUAUUUUUUAUUUAAUAUAAAGACAUUUAUGGAAGAUGAUAUUUAUAAAAGUUGUAAAAUUGAAAAUUGGUUGAAAAUUAAAGAUUUUAGUGAAGCA